AUGGGCGAGCAACAGCACUUGCCACUCGAGUUUGUCGAUGGAUUUAUAUCGGAAAUGUCCGUAAGCAUACCCUGGUCGGCAUUGCUCAGCGAGGCUAGUUAUGUCGAGGUCAAAGGUCUCAAAAUUACAGUCCAACCGAGACAAAGAACUGAGACGGGGACUUCAAUGUUCGAGUCAAUGUGGAGUUCUAUGACAUCUAGCAUGCAGUUGGCUCAAGAAUGUUUGCAGCAAGACGCUAAUAAUACAGGUGGUAACAAUGCACAACCUCUUGAAGGCGUUGAAUUAUUUGCACAGACUAUCGACUCGAUAUUGUGUCGUGUAAGAGUACGCUUUAUUGACACGGUAAUAAGAUUGGAGCAUGUGCCUCUCGACUCAACUACCGGGGUUGCUAUUGAGAUGUGCAUAAAAAAUUUAGAAUACUCUGAUGAAGCUGGAUCCGAUCCCAGCAAUGUCAAUUUGGACGCCAAUCAGCCGUCUAAGGGCUAUGUCGUUUCUGCUUUUACGACCAAGCGAUUUUAUUUGGAAGGAGUCACUUUUCAUACUGACGAGUUUCCUAGUCGGGCUAGGACUUUCUCGAGGAGUGUUAUGACUACCAGCAGAGGCCGUCAGGAGAUAAGAUUAAAAUUAAAACAAGGCGAAGGCAUCCUGGGUCCAAAAGUCGAGUUAGAAGUAACUCUAGGAUCUUUCAUAUCAUUUCUAAGCCCGCGACAAGUACACGUGCUAAUGGAACUAAGCCACGGACUAGCAUCUCCAGAUCUCGAAGACAUAAGCAACGUAGCCCCUCGAACUUGUGCCGAAAAACCAAUGGCUGGAAGUGACUUCAGCCGCGUCGAAAGAGAGCUGAUGCAUCAAUUACAUCCAGUCCAUGGUUUACGUACCACCGACUUACGCAAUACUCAAGGCUGGUCCACCGCUUCGUUAGACGAGUCUGACAACGAGGACGAAUUUCUGCCCAUGAAGCUUGGAGGUAUGAGCGACUCUCAAACGACAAACAACAUCAGCAUGGACGAAAGUAUUUCCGCCAGCAGCAUAAGUUCAAAGAGCUCCGUUACAAAUGUCUCAAAGCCUCACAAACACCGCGUUAACGCCGACUCUGAUCCUACCGCAGAAACUUCCCAGUUUCACAUCAGAGUGUCUUCAAUUGCAGUGAUACUAUUGCAUGAAGACAUCCUAACAACUGGAAUAGAAUCCCGGGGCUUGACUUGCGCGAGUACCGAGCAGAUGAAAACCGCUUCUGAAGAAUUCUUCAGCAAACUUGGAAUUUUUGCCGCUGACGGCUACGGUAACAAAAAUUUCGACAAAGCAGCUAAAAUAUUCCUCGACGCUUGUCGACUCAGUCACAUCCGGUUACUCGCUGCCCCCCUGGUGGUUGAAGGAAGUGAAAAAACAACUCCUCAAUCAUCAGCAAUAAACGGAAGCCUGACUCUAGCGACUCUUGAAUUAGUCGAGUGUCUAGUAGACACUAGCACUAAUUCCGAGACUCCAAAAGUCGAAUACGUUGAACUGCUGACCUUUGAUAACAAGUCAACAGCCACUGACAACUUUGGACUCUUGAACAGAACGGACUUUCGCAUGAGAUUCAAGUACACUGAGAAAGCAGUACGUCAAGCCCAAGUGACUAAAUUCGCUCACCCACGCACGGAAAUUGACGUCCAGCUGGACCCUUGUCAGAGUGAAAUUGACAUUACAAUAAUCGACAGAAUAUCUUCGGUGUUAAAUCCCCAGCCUAUUUGCACCUACAACCCCUCCUCGACGGCCAAAGAUAUGUGGAACCAACACACAAUGUUCUACCAAGCCGUCGAAAGCCCGAUUCUUUCAGACUCUCGGGUGAAUAUUAAAGUAUCUUCCUCACGUGCUAUACUUAAAGUAAGAUUUCCCGUGCCAGACCUGCGACCCUUGCAUGACAUGAGCAGAGCGCCUUGGUGGACCCGCUCAGUAAGGUCAGAUUUUAUCACGCUCACGUUAACAGACGCACAAUUCCACACGUCGAUGGACAGCCAAGCUCACUAUUUAUCAAGACAAGAGAUUCAAUGCCGACAAGUCUUGCUAACUUACACAGAAAUAGACUCGGACAUCCCGAUUAAAAUUGCCACCAGCCACGUCAAUGAUAAACCUGACAGCUUAAUGCCACACGAAGGCGAGUGCUUCGGCUGGCCCAGGAUGGUCUUCACAAUUUACCCCCAACACUUGGGAGGUCCCUUGGAAGACAGCUCGGAAGAAGAACCAGGGUCCAGCUUGGACGAAUCCUUGGGACAGCCGCCAAGACACCAACCUUCACCGUUUAGCUCCAAGCGAGUGAUCCACGAGUCAGACACUCCUCACAGCGAAUCUCAGGCUCAUACUGGUUCUAACAAAGACGACCAUGAGCACCGUGAAGGAGAGGAGCUUAUAAUCCCCGGCAACCGACAAGAGAUGUUGGAAUUUAUGGAAGAAGGUACUCAAGGCUCAAGAGUUCAGAUUGACAUCAGUCUGCCGUGUUUAUCCGUUCAGAUCCCCUCAAAGCGGCUCUACGAGCAGAUUUACAACAGAAUCAACACUGAUCUCUUCCUUUGGGAGCCUUCUGCUCCAAGACCUAAGUAUACAAUCACAGAUCCUCACGGCGGGCUUGACCUAGCUUCGACUUUGCUCCAAGAGUCAGUUCAUCCUAAAUUCAGCAUGUGCAAAAGCGGAAUUCAGUAUGACUCAGACUCCGACAGCGAUGAGGACGGAGUUUUUCAUUCUGUAGCUGAAAAAAGUUUUAAUCAAACUCUUAACAAAGCUCCGAAGAACGGACAGAGUAAAAUGUCGCUUACAUUAAAUAUUCACGACGGAUUGCUUACAAUGUACACACCAGUCCGUGAUGUUCUCUCUAAUGUAAUUCCCGGCCAGCAGGGAGAAUUGAUAAUUAGGGUUGAAGAUGCUACAAUAUUCUGCGUAAAUUCUUACAAAGGAAACGCUAACCUGGGAUAUGUUUGUACUAUGAUCAAAAGUGUCUCGUUAAAUCACUGUGGAAUCACAACAAUUCCUUCAACAACUCCACCAUUGAGGUCUAUCAACAGCGUGAUUCCCAGACACUGUCAGCCGGCAAUUUAUAGAAGCAACAACGGACAAGAAAAAGAUUCAGAUGACUCAGAUAUGCUGACAGUAGCUGUAAGGAUCCAAGCAGCUCAUCAAACUCAUCAUAUAAAAACCUUCCGAGUGGCUGUUGGAAUCAGAAACGCGACUUUGAGACACCGAAUGUGUUCCUCGCAAGCUUCUUGGUUCACUCAGCUCACAGACUGUCUCGACGUGAUAGACCACCCGGUCGCUGGUUAUUCUCCACCGGGAGUGCUUACAGAGCUUCAUCUCCACCUCUGGAACUGCGCGGUUGAUUACAGACCUCUGUAUCUUCCCCUGAGGUCGAUGAUAACUCUAGGAAGCUUCAGUGUCUCCAGUAACAUCGCUGCUAAGACAAACACUUCGACUCUGAGAUUCAUCGCCGAAGACGUCGCGCUUUUUCUGUCAGAAAAACUGGGGAACCACGUAGACCUAAAACACGACUACAUCGGAGUGAUGGACUUGGGAUUGUUUGAAUUAUCCUUGAGGCUUAACGAGAAGAUGUGCGGUGGUGCUCCAAGAGUUGAUUUGCGGGCGAGUAAUAAUGUGCUUCACGUUAGAACUUGCGCUGAUUCCGGGAGGGCUUUGAUGCAGCUUCUGACUUACUUUGCGAGUGAUGGAGAUCUUUCUCCGAAUAUUGGGAGCACUGAGAGCAUCGCUGUGCCUAGUUCCGGGGAUGAAGAGAGUUUAUUGGGAGAAGAUAGUAUCAAUAUGUUGAGCAAGAGUCAGGAAGAACGGGUUAAUACUUUAAUGGAAGAAGCGAUGGAAGAUACGGUCAGAGGAAGCACUACGAGCUUGAGUAAAAAAUCUCCGGAAGAGAAGCAACAAGUUGAAGUGUUCUUCUUCCCAGACGAACCUCAUCCGGCGACUCAGGUCCCCGAGAUGAGCAAUAAUAAUAAUAUUAAUAAUAAUUUACCGCUUCGCGGUGCUGAGUCGGAUGAUACUGAUGAAGAUUUUUGUAUACUGGGGGAAGAAGCGGGAGCUGGAAUCAUGCCAAGGCACGGAAUUCCGGAGAUUCGUUGGCUAAGUCAGGAAUAUAUUAGAGUUGUUGAUAAUCACUUUGCUGUGCCAUUGGGUAAGACGGAUUUGCUGAAGGCUCCUAAACAUUUUCCUGCACCGGUUUUGAGGUACACUCUUUGCGAGAUGACUCUGGUCUGGCAUAUGUAUGGCGGGAAGGAUUUUGGAAAAUUACCGGUGAAGAAGAAGAAUGUGACUAUUGAAGACCCGGCGAGUAGGUUUGAUAAUUCUCUGGGUCGUAGCAGGUCAGCGGUUGUGGGAUUUAGUAAAGUUAAUCCUCAUGAAGUGAGAUUUGGAAGCGCUCCUAAUUCGCCUUGUGGAAAAAUGAAGUCUGCGAAGAAUUGGUACGUCCAGGGUGGCCCUGGAAGACAACAUGAUGUCCUGAUGGAAUUGCAAUUAAAUAAAGUGAGGUUCCAGCAUGAGACUUAUCCGGAAAAUACUACUGAAGCGUCGAGACAAGUAUUGCUGAUAAGCGAAAUUGAAAUUAGGGACAGGCUGGCUUCUUCGCAUAUUAACAAAUUUUUGUACCAGUAUAGUAGUGAAGCGUGUCCGAGGCAAACACAUGCGAAUAUGUUUGCUAUGAAGGCGGUUCAUGUGAGGCCUGAUCCGAAAUUCAGCGCUCAAGAGUGCUGUUUGAAGCUGAGUCUCUUGCCACUGAGACUCAAUAUUGAUCAGGAUAGCUUGUUGUUUUUGAUUGAUUUCUUCACGGAACUGACCGGGAAUAUGAAGGCCAGUCAGGAUAAUAUUAAUGGACCUAGUACGACCCAGUCUUCGCCUGGGUCUAAACAGAGCACGCCUACUCAUCAUCCGCCGGUGAUGAGUGUUAAUGAUGAAGCUUCUGAUAUGCCGAGGCAGGAUAGUCCCAGGCUUAUUGAUAGUAAUAUUGUUGAUCAGAAUUUGAUGAUACUCUUGGAGGACGAGCUGACAAUCAAAGAGAAUAAAACUAAAAUUAAGACCAGCUGUGGAUCUCAGGAUGACAGUCAGCCUAUUUAUUUUAGGAGUGUUAUAUUCGCACCAGAAGUACUUGUGAGAUUAGAUUACCAUGGAAAAAGGGUAGACUUGACCCACGGACCGAUGGCUGGUUUAUUAAUGGGUUUGGCACAACUCAACUGUUCUGAACUAAGACUGAAACGGCUGACGCACCGUCACGGUUUACUUGGUAUUGAUAAACUCAUGGCUUUUAUACUGGCUGAAUGGUUACAGGAUAUUAAAAAAAAUCAACUGCCGAGUUUGUUAGGCGGGGUUGGUCCUAUGCAUUCAUUAGUUCAGCUGUUCCAAGGCUUCAGAGAUUUAUUCUGGCUGCCAAUAGAACAGUAUCAAAGAGACGGAAGAAUAGUACGAGGUCUACAACGUGGAGCAAAUAGUUUUACAACUUCAACAGCGAUGGCUGCUCUAGAACUAACGUCCAGGUUGGUCCAUGUGAUCCAGAGUACUGCAGAAACGGCCUAUGACAUGGUCAGUCCUGGGCCUAGUGUACGAAGAAAACAAAAAGGUCAGAAAGGACGACGUAAGCGUUACAAUCAGCCUUUAGAUAUACGCGAAGGAAUGGCCAAUGCUUACAUGCUAGUCAAAGAGGGUUUAGGUGAAACCGCAAAUCAGUUAGUACGCGUUGCAAGUGAGGAACAUGAACAAAAGGGAGUUAGUGGAGCUGUUGGUGGUGUAUUGCGGCAAAUACCACCUACAGUGGUUAAGCCGAUUAUUCUCGCAACAGAAGCAACGAGCAAUGUACUUGGCGGUAUGAGAUCUCAAUUGGUGCCGGACGCAAGACGCGAGGCCGCUCAAAAGUGGAGGCAGGAUCCUCGUGAUGUUAAUUAA